AUGACGAAUCAGCAACACGAAGGCAGCGGCCUCAACUGGCCGCCGCGAAUCCAGAGGCGAGGUUUGGUGCUCGCGAGCUUAGUUCUUGUCGCUUUUUCUGUAAUUGUCUUUGUCGAGAUAGCUACUAUCGAGACGGUGAAGCUUGAACGACGAUCUAUAGCUGAGCGACAAUUCCAGCUGGGUGGAUUUCUAGGGGGUGUAUUUCGAGAGGUAGUCGAUACUACAGCCGCCAUAGCUUCACCUAUAGCACACACUACAGAGCAAGAGUUUGCUACGACACCAAGUCGUGUGACUGAGGCAGCAAUAACUGCAAACAGUGUGCCCGAAACAACACAAAUCAACGAUACAGUGGCGUCAAAUCCCUCUAUCAGCAGCCCCAAUUCACUUCUGGAAACAUUGGCAGAUGCAGUAAAAGAGGCAAUCAUGACAUCGGGUCAACCGUUGGCCUCCGCAGCGAGACAUCGUCAAACCGUUUUGUCUGAUAUCAUUGGAGGCGACUUAAACGCCUUGGCGCUCUCGGAAGAUUCUUCGUUGCUUCCCUUUCUUAAAACGCCCCGUCCAAGUUCUACGCAGAAUCUGCCAACGCCUUCGGUUGGGCUCCUCGGCGGAUUCUGGGGAGACAGCUUAACACUGCGAAUCCACAACGCGAGAGCAGCCACAGAGGAUCCUAUGCCAGACUCUUCCGCUAAUGGUGCUUCUUUUCUGGGAGAUUUAUCAAAAAUCGUUGCGGAAAUAUCAGGUAUCGACCCCGCGGCAGCUGCCAGGCUCACGGAUACUGUGCUGAAUGCUCUUCAUGUGGACUCAUCCGCCGUUGCUGCAGCUAUCCCAAAGGUAGCAAACGAAGCUGCUGUUGCAGUUGCUGAUCUACUCCCCCUGGUCAUACCUGCUGUCGCCAAGGCCAUGAACCAACCUCUGCCUCUAGAACCUCCUGUGAGUACGCUGGAUAUGGUAGAAACGUUAAACAAAGUCCUCCAACAAGGAACAACUGUCAUCAAUGAUCUCAGCAGAGCCUUGGAAGAUAUCACUGAUCCGGCUCUCCUAGAGGUUGUCAAUCAGUUGGCUUUGAUUGUGAGCGCUGUUGCUAGCUACUUGAAAAAGCCUCUUUGCGCUAUUGAUCAGGUCUUGGAUGGAACCUCUUUUGAAGAAGUGGUACCUUGUGGUAAGGUUGAAACCGGAUCGCUUACUUCAACUGGUCAAAUCGCAACACUAGCUACGCCUGGUAUCCCUGAAUCAGCAACCAGAGCUUCUGACUCCGAAGGCAUAGCCACACCUGCGGCCCCUAAGCCUUACCUAUCCUCGGAGAAUCCAGCAUCACCCCCGAACCCAACUCCGCCAUCUACUCCGAUAGACGAAAGUCCCACCAAAACGAGCAAUCCAGCGCCCACAGAUGGGGAAAACGAGGGAGCUCAUUCAUCUUGUCCAACUUGCCCAUCUUGUGAUCAGUGUCCCCUUAAAAUCUGCUCAGUCAAGGGCCCUGAGAGCCCGAGUGUCCACCAACCACCUGAUGCUUCGAUAGGGCCGUGUCCCGGAAGGGGCUUCAAAUGUGAUGAAUGCCUUGAUGGAUGGUUCUGCCCACCACAGGAGACACCAGCCCAGGUUGUGCCGUGUGGGCUUGGAUGGCCGUGCUACCACUGUUCAGCGGGCUGGUUUUGCGAACUGACGGAAACAUCCAGUCCAACGUCUCCUCCAAGCUCUACGGCAAGAUCUCCAUCCAAGGGAAUAGGAAGCACAAGCACAAGUAGCGGUGCAGCUCCAACGAAGACGUCCAAGAAUAAGAACCUUCCGACAGAUUGGAGUCAUCUGGGAUGCUUUCAAGAUGCUAUUUCUCGGAUAUUGCUUGGCGCCAAGCCCGUAGAUUAUCUUCGGGGGGAUAUGUCAUCCAAAGAAUGCGUUGAUCACUGUAUCUCUGGUGGAUAUAAAUUUGCUGGAACAGAGAAUGGAAGAGAAUGUUGGUGUGGGACGUCUAUUCGAGAUGAUGCAGUGCGACUUCCCGAAUCUCAAUGUGGAAGACCUUAUCAAGGCCAACCAACUGAGCUUUGUGGCGGCAGCUGGGCUAUCGAUGUUUUUAUAUGCUCAGACAAAGGGGAAUCUUCUCAAGAGCCAUCUGGAGGUCCUGUUGGGGGCUUCGUGUUUCGGUUCCUGUCAAACUUGAAGGGUAGCAGAGGAAAGACAGACCACCAGCGUCUUUACGGUGUUGCAUAA